AAUAAGAUCUGUAACUAUAAUUGACAGACAUUGGACAAAUAGGAUUCGAUUAUCUGCAGUCAUAUACAAAGACAAACAUUUUGUAUCUUUACUUAUAAUUUUAUAAAAAGCCAGAUUUUUUCUAGCUGGUAAAUAAAGAAAAAUGAGUGAACAAUUAAAGUACAUUAUGCAGGAAUUGGCCAAAGAGCCAUUCAGCAAGACCUACAACUUGAUUUCAUUUGAUUCCCUGGAACCAUUACAACUCCUGCAAGUUCUGACAGAUGUUAUGAGUGUUAUUGACCCAAAGCAAAAAGUUGAUAUCCGAGAAGAAGCCCCUGAUCAGACUGCAGUUCGGAUGUUUAACACCUUGAGAAUCCUGAAAUACAAACCUCCAACUGAGUAAGUACAAAUAUUCCGAAGUGGCCUGGUGCAGGGUGAUAAGUUAGUCAUCUACCCUAUACUUGAAUGGCUGCUGAAACGCAUUCCAGACCUCCAGAAAAGGGCCCAUCUGGCUCGGUUUCUGGUGAAGGUGGACGUCCCCCCAGAGAUCAUGGCGGAGGACCCCAUCCCAGAUCUCUAUGCUCAGUAUGAAGAGUCUAUGGAUCAGUUCAAAGAUCUACACAAAGAGGCUGAAGGAUUAAAGAAUGCUGGCUAUAACACCGGAGAAAUCAAGAAAGACAUCUCCAACAUGGAGGACGAGAAAGAGCAAUUGAUUAAGCGUGUUGAAAGGCUCAAAAGAAAGGUGGAGUCUCAUCCCAAUUCAACCACCAUGAUGAAUGUGGCCAGAAAUUUACGACUGGAACGAGACCGCGAGAAGAAGCUUGCUGAACAGCGGCAAGAACAGUCCACACUGAUUCAACAUGAAGAUCAGAGAAUUCGGCGACUUCAGUCUCAGCUAAAUGACACCAGACAGGCCGCAGUAGGGGCUAACCCUGAAGUGAUGCUGCAGAGGCUGGAGGAGGAGACCCACACCAACAAGUACAUAGUGACAGAGAAGCUGCCCAAGGAGAUGGCCCAGCAGAGGAAGAUCCUGCUCAACCUACAGAAGGUGGUGGCUGAGCCGGCCAUGGGACAGUCCGACCUGGAUAAGCUCCAUGAACAGAUCACUGAUCUGACAGAGGAGAUUAAACAACUUGUCGAAAAGAAACUGCGGACAGAAGACCCAACUGACAACAAGUCGGCCUUGUUCAAGCAACAGGCUGCUAUAAUCGCCGGGAAGAAGGAAGGAGCUCUGACUAACUUCCGAGAUGUCCGAGAUAUGUAUCACAAGAUGUCCAUGGAUUUGGAGCAAAAACGUGAAAUUGCUAAGGAAGCCGGGGGUGGUGAGGUCCUGAAGGGAGAAGAUUUCAAGAGAUAUGUUAACAAACUGAGGAGUAAGAGUACGAUCUACAAGAAGAAGAGACAGGAGAUUGCCGAGAUCAGAGCCGAGCUGGGAGUGCUGUCUCGUACCGAGCAGAUCCUACGUCAGAAGGAUGAGUUCAUCACUAGAAGUCUGGAGGCUGUUGAGAACAAGAAAGGAGUAACUGGGUACCGCCAGACUCAGGAGGAACUAGAGAAGGUGUCCGCAGUCAAGAGCGAACUGGACGAGAGGAAAGGGAAGACCCUGGAGGACAUCUCCGACAUGGUCCAGCGACUUACACGAACCAUAGCCAAUAAAAAGAACUCGCUGGCCCCCAUCAUCAAAGAGCUGAGACCAAUGAGACAGAAGGCUCAGGAACUGACCAACAAGCAUGCAGAGAAGAAGCAGGCGUAUGACACCGCCGCUGCCGGACUGGAGAGUAACAUGGCCAAACUGGAACAGGAGGUGCGGGCCUACCAUGAGGAGUGUUCCCAGGAGGAGUCACGCUACCACUACCUCCACUGUAUGAUGCAGAUGGUUGAGAUCCAACAGAAGAAGGUGGCUGACGAGAUGAAGGCCUACACCUCGGCCGACCCAUACGCUCGCAAGAAGACCUUCAGGGAGCUGUACCAGAGGAAGGUUCAGGAGCAGGAAAACCUUGGUAAGGGUCUAAGGGAGCAGCAGAAGACCGUCCGUGAGAACCACGGCCCAAGUCUCCGCCAGAUGAAGAUGUGGAAGGACGUGGAGCGGCUACUGGAGUGUAAGCGCCACUGCUUCGAGCUGUCCGGGGGGCUGAGUGGAGGCCUAGGAGGUGGAGGGGUCUAUGGGGAGCAGCCCCCUGCAGUACUUGAAGAGGACCGCCUGGUCAUGUGAUCUGUUUCAUUUCUCUGUGAACAUUAAGGAAUUAUUUACUGACGUGAUAAAAAUAGGGAAUUAUUUAUUGACCUGAUUAGAGAUAAAGUUAUUGCCUUUUUGAUCUGUACAUCAUUCCAUCCUAGAUUUCUUUUUAAUUGUUUAUUAAAAUGUAUGUUUUGUGGUCAGAAAAGUGGGUCUUUCCUUAUUUAUUUUUUGGCAGGUGUGGUUAAUCUGGAAACAUGGUAUCACCAUAAUAAAAGAAAAGAUAGUUCUAAAUCAGAU